UGUAUCCAGUGACGGACACUUGUUGGUGUGACACCUGCGACUCAGGUGUCAUUCAGAGACUCGGUGACUGACGUCAUGAUCAACUAAGUCUUUACGCACUUCCUCUCCACGAAGCUCCGUCAUGUCCGCCGCGGUGGCGCGGCUGCUCUUCUACCCGACGUUAGGCUACAAUCUGCUGAUGGAGAAAGUUUCCAGCCGCCGCUGGUUCGACCGAGUGGAUGAGACCGUGAUAGUGGGAGCACUUCCGUUCAGAUCCAUGACGUCACAGCUUGUACAAACAGAAAAUAUCCGAGGAGUCGUCACCAUGAAUGAGGAGUAUGAGACCAAGUAUUUCUGUAACUCGGCUGAGGAGUGGCGUGAAGCCGGCGUGGAGCAGCUGAGGCUGAGCACAGUCGACCUCACCGGGGUCCCCAGUGUGGAGAACCUGCAUCGAGGCGUGGACUUCGCCCUGCAGCACCGACAGCAGGGAACCAGCGUGUACAUCCACUGCAAGGCGGGUCGCUCGCGCAGCGCCACACUGGCAGCCGCCUACCUCAUCAGGUUACACUGCUGGACUCCAGAAGAGGCCUGUCGGAAGCUGAUGGCGGUUCGACCCCACGUCCUGGUGCGUGCUGCUCAGCUGCAGGUGCUGCAGACGUACUACCGGCAGGUGUGUGAACAGUGCAGCUGACAGCGGGGGGCCACGUGUGGACGCCAUCGUGUUCCCUGCAGCUGGAGUCAGUGGAGCCAGAGACAUGAAACCGAGCUGCUGGUGAAUGAAUGAAUCCUUCACAUCUUAAUGUGAAGGAUUAAAACACAACCAAUAUUUAUUUGAAAUCAAUGCGCAAAACUUUUAUUGGUAAAUAGCUGAUUUCACUUCACGACACGUCAGUGAGAAGAAAUUAUAGUUUCUACGUUUUUAACCCAUUUCAUAAAACGCCAAACUAACAACAUCUCUACUCUCUGGUUCUAUCACCUGGAGCUGAAACAGAUUAUUCACAUUUCAGAACAAAGUGAUUUUUUUUCUCCCAACCUGUCGUCCUCUUCCAGAGCUGUUACUGUCCAACUUUCAGAAUAAAAUGUUUGUGUUGUAACAAGUGUCACAAGAUGAGGAUGUUUUACUGCGUAUAUCAGUCAUCAUAUCAGUGAUGUGGUUACUGAGAAAAUUAAAAAACCUUUUCUUUCAAGUCAUUAUUUUUCCUCUGAUGCCUCAUAACUUCAAAAAUAAAUAUGUCGAAUAAAUAUUUAUGAUGAAUUCAUA